AUGUCUCCUGCCACCCCUCGCGAUCGCUGCGACUUCGAGGUCGCCCUCAUUUGUGCUCUCCCACUGGAAGCCGAUGCGGUGCAUGCUGUCUUUGAUAAGUUCUGGAAAGAUGAAGGUAAACAUUAUGGCCAAGCUCCAGGGGAUGACAACAACUACACAACCGGGGUGAUUGGAGACCACAACGUCGUACUGGCAUACAUGCCAGGAAUGGGCAAAGUCAAUGCAUCAGCUGUGGCAGCAAGCCUGCGAUCAAGCUUCACCGGCAUCAAGCUCGCCCUGAUCGUGGGGAUUUGUGGAGGCGUACCUUUCGCCGGUGCAGAUGGCACGGGAGAAGAAAUACACUUGGGCGACGUCAUCUUCAGCAACGCGCUCGUACAAUACGACUAUGGCAGGCCGAGCCGGAAAAUUCGUGGGAUCAUUGCGAAGCUGAAGACAAGACUCUAUCGUAAAGAACUGCAGGACAAUGUUGCAGCUUUUCUCCAGGAGAUCAAGAAGGAAAUCCCCGAAACCGAAUAUCCUGGAUCAGAAGCGGACAUCCUGUUUGAAUCUUCAUAUCUCCACAAGCAUCACAACUUGCCCACAGAGGCCACAGUCAAAUGCGACCAAUGCAGUGCUAGUCCCGAAGACAUUUGCGAGGACGCGCUCAAAAUGACAUGUGAGAAACUUGGAUGCGAGGCAACGAGGCUCGUCGACCGUCGCAAAGCCACAGAUGCCAAAGCAUCCUCGGAACAGCACGCACUCUCGGUACAUUUUGGUGCGAUGGCGUCCGGUGACGCCGUCAUGAAGUCCGGCCAACAUCGAGAUAGACUUGCCAAGGACGCCGGCAUUAUCGCUUUUGAGAUGGAGGGCGCGGGAGUGUGGGAUCAUUUCCCCAGCAUUGUGGUCAAGGGCGUAUGUGAGUAUGCUGACAGUCACAAGAACAAGAAGUGGCAAAUGUAUGCUGCAGCAACAGCCGCGGCAGGUAUGAAAGCUUUUCUGAAGCAAUGGGCCCCUGAGACGAACGACCAGGAAGAGAGCCCGUCGCGAGUAAUAUGGCAUGUCCCGUUUGGCGGAACCGGGGACUUCAUAGGUCGCAAAAAGGAGAUGGCGAUACUUGAGGACAAGCUACUCCAGCGUCACAGUCGCCCUCGCUCAACAGUCGCAGUCUUCGGCUUGGGUGGAGUGGGCAAGAGUAGAAUUGCACUGGAGCUGGCCCAUGGCACAAAAAGCCAGCGUCCGACGUACUCCGUCCUCUCGGUCCAGGCCACGAAUCAUCUGACGUUUGGAAAAGAUAUUCUGGAGAUUGGUAAGAAGCUCAAGAUACCUGGAAUUGAAAAGGAGAAAGCCGACGUCAAGAACCUUGUCAAGCAGUACCUAAGUCAAAAGUCCGCCGGGAAUUGGCUGAUGAUUCUGGACAAUGCCGAUGACGAGGGCAUUUGGGGUGUCCCAGCGAAGCGAAGCGGAAACGGAGACGGAAGCGAAAAUGGAACUGCUCUGGCGGAGUCGUUGCCAAUAUGUGCCACGGGACGUAUACUGGUCACAACACGAAGCCGCCGGGUAGCGGUGCAUAUGGCAGGAAAAGAGGUGGUCGAAUUGCCAGAGAUGAAUCAAGAAGAGGCUGUUGAAACAUUUCUGGGCCUUCUAAUCAAUCAAGCCAGAAGCCCGGAUGGAUGCCGAACAGACCUCAAAGCUGGUUGA